ACAAGGUUGGAAGGCGAGGAAAAUACUUUUGUCCUCUCCGAGCUACCGUAGCCGCCCCUCCCGGAAACACACUUUGCUCCCGUGCUCCGAAGCCUCACACCGGAAGUGAGCUUCUCUGGCAGGGACACCCAAUGAACAGCCCGCCGCGGGUGCAGAUAAGAUGGUGGGCGCAAGUAGCGGCGCUGGCCUGGGCGGCCUCCUGGAGAACGCGAACCCGCUGAUAUACCAAAGGUCCGGAGAGCGGCCAAUUACCGCGGGCGAGGAGGAUGAUCAGGUCCCGGAUAGCAUCGACGACCGAGAGAUCUUCGACCUGAUCCGAUCCAUCAAUGACCCGGAGCACCCGCUCACCUUGGAGGAGCUGAAUGUGGUGGAGCAAGUCCGGGUGAAAGUUAAUGAUAAGGAGAGUACAGUGGCUGUGGAAUUUACUCCCACAAUUCCUCACUGCAGUAUGGCAACAUUAAUCGGCCUGUCCAUCAAAGUUAAGCUGAUCCGCUCCUUGCCUGAAAGGUUCAAGAUGGAUGUUCACAUUACUCCUGGGACACAUGCUUCAGAACAUGCCGUGAACAAACAGCUUGCUGACAAGGAGCGGGUCGCAGCAGCUUUGGAGAAUUCCCAUUUACUGGAAGUUGUAAACCAGUGUCUGUCAGCUCGCUCCUAGCUCUCUUAGGAGAGGAGCCACCUCCUGAGGAUCCUGCAGCUCUCGCCAGUCUAUAUGUGUUCUUUCGGCCUUCCACGUCCCCCUAUUUGUCACUCACACCCCUUCGUGUCUAAGGAAAACUGAACCGGGAAAAACUGUGCCCACUGCAACCACUUGACAAUGGCUGUCUGGGUGGGCACAGGGGGAUUCAAGUAAAUGAGUUAUGUCACUGAAGAGGACACUGGAAAUAUUUUAAUAAACUUUAACUUAUACUUCACUGAACCAAAA